AUCAAUCUCAAUCUCAAGCAGUGUCAAGUGGUUGAAAUGGGAAGAAGAAAAGCAAUUGCUUCUUGUUUUGUUGCAUAAACGAGGGAGGAAGAAGAAGAAGAAGAAGAAGAAGAAGAGGUAGAGGAAGUAGAAGUGUUUGAUGGAACGAGGAAAAGGGUUUGUUGUUGGGAAUGAUGAAGAAGAAGAUGAUGAUCAAAAGCAGGAGGAGGAGGAGGAGGAGGAGGAGAAGGAUCGAAAGGAGUUUCUUGGUGUCAAAUUGAGGAAGAGAUCCAGUGUGAGCAAAAAGGCCGGACCUUGUACUCCUGUGCCAAAUUGGAAGCUUGAUCCUGGUCCUUCUGCUCUUUGUGCCGACGACCAGAGGCCGCCGAUCGCUGGUGCUUCGGCCAGGAAGCUUGGAGCUAAUCUUUGGGAGAUCCAGGAUGCGUUGCGGCUUCCUCGGAUGAGUAGGAAGAGUGGGAGGGUGCACCGGCGCAAGGAUGGAUUGUUGCUUGAUGAUGUGGAUCGGCCUCGAAGUGCUAGCAGUCCAAGGAGGCGUGCCUCAGUUUCUGUAGCUCAGCACCAUAAAUUAAUUGAAAGGGGUAGCAGGGCCAUGCAAGCUGUAUCGCCUGCAAGUUAUAGCAGCUCUAUGGAGGUUACCCCUUUCAAUCAAGUGGUUACUCCUGGUGGUUCUUUGGAUUUUAAGGGAAGGUUUCAAGACUCAAGAUAUAGCCUAAAGACAUCGGCUGAAUUGCUGAAGGUGUUGAAUAGGAUAUGGAGCCUAGAAGAACAACACACGUCAAAUUUAUCAUUGGUUAAAGCAUUGAAAAUGGAGCUGCAACAUGCUCGGUCACGCAUUGAGGAGCUGAUGGAAGAGCAGCAAGCAUAUCGCCAUGAAAUGGAUGAUCUGAUGAAGCAAAUUACAGAAGACAAAUUAGUCAGAAAGAGUAGGGAACAUGACAGAUUCAAAGCGGCAAUUCAGUCAAUUAGAGAUGAGCUUGAUGAUGAGAGGAGACUCAGGAGACGGUCAGAGAGUUUACAUCGGAAGUUGGGUAAAGAGUUGUCUGAAGUAAAGACUGCAUUUGCAAAGGCUGUGAAAGAUCUGGAGAGACAGAGAAAAGCUAAUGUUUUGUUAGAGGAUCUAUGUGAUGAGUUUGCCAAGGGAAUAGGGGAGUAUGAGCAUGAAGUGCGACAAUUAAAGCAAAAAUCUGAAAAAGGAAGUGAUAAAAAGUUUGAUCGAUUGGUCCUACAUAUGUCAGAAGCAUGGUUAGAUGAACGAUUGCAGAUGAAAAUCGCUGACGAACAUGGAGAGUUGGAUGAUAAGGAUAGCAUACUAGACAGAUUAAGUGGUGAAAUUAAGUCCUUUAUUCAAGCUAGACGAUCUAAUAGCUCGAAGAAUGAAAUAGCGUUUCCUGAAGAUGGAAGAAAGGAGAGUGCUCUGCGCCGACAUUCACUAGAAUCUGUUUACUUGAAUGGCGCUGGCAGUGCACCGCAGGAAGCUGAAGAUGAUGACUCUAUGGCCAGUGACUUGCAUUGCUUUGAGCUGGAUAUGACUGUUAAUGAUAAUGAAAGCCAUCGUCAUUUGAAACAAAAUGGCAGAAACUUAGAAGAUCAUGAAUUCUCAAGGACAUCAAAUUUUUCUGGUAAAAAGCCAGACUGUUCUGAAAAAGUCAAAGGACAAAAAUCAUCCUGCUCCUGCUCCUGCUCCUGCCUGCAAAUUCGUCCCGAAGAAGAAAAAGAUAUGACCAAGUUAUGCAACAAUGGAAGCAAGACGCAACUUGUUGAUCCUGAAAUUGGAGCGGAUCCCGGUCAGAUUGAAUCAAUCGUGUCCGAGAAACUAGAUAUUUGCCAAGUCCGAGAAGGUGUACAGGAAAUGAAGCCGAACUUGGUUGAUAACAUGAUGAAAAACCCAUCAGAGAGUUCUGAAGGUUGUAAGAUUCAUCCUUACAACGAUCAUGGUGAAGAGUCCCACAAUUAUCUCUCUCGACGGGGUCAUUUUGGACCGGUCAGUCUGGAUGAUGUUUCAGGAGAUUUCUGCAUAUCCAGUCCAGUGCAACAAUGGAAUUAUCGACCAAAAUCACCGGAGUUUGAGAUAGCCGAAUGCCCGUCAAGCUUACCUCAAGGAGUGAAAGAAAACACAUUGAAGGCGAAAUUACUCGAAGCAAGGCUUGAGGGGAAGCACGCUCGCUUGAAAGCUCUGAAAGGGUCUUCUCUUGGUGUAAAAAGGCGAGAUACAUAGCAAAGUUAUUGCCCAGUUUUUUUCUUUUCCUGUCGAAUUCUAGUCAUAGAUGUUGUUAUGUAUUUUUCGUAUUGUUCGUAUUUUUUUUGGCGAUGUUCUUGUUGUUCUUGGACACUAAUUUUGGAUUUUUAUCUUGUGUAUACCAUCAGUAGAGAAUUUGUGACC